CCCAUGCGAAAGACGCCAUCAUUUACAGUGUGGCAGCCAUGGCAGGUACAUCGUCAAGACGAGUUAUGCAAGAGGAUCUUCGUGCAGUGGAGUUUGAAACUAGUGAAGAUGUGGACGUUACGCCAACAUUUGAUAAUAUGGGACUUCGAGAAGAACUUUUGCGUGGAAUCUACGCAUAUGGUUUUGAAAAACCCUCUGCAAUCCAACAAAGAGCCAUCAAACAAAUAGUAAAAGGGAGAGAUGUCAUUGCACAGGCCCAGUCUGGUACAGGUAAAACUGCUACAUUUGCUAUAUCAGUCCUUCAGUGCCUUGACAUCCAGGUUCGAGAAACACAAGCUUUAGUCCUUUCCCCAACACGUGAGCUGGCUGUCCAAAUCCAAAAGGUUUUGCUUGCUUUGGGAGAUUACAUGAAUGUACAGUGCCAUGCUUGCAUCGGAGGUACUAACAUUGGGGAAGAUAUUCGCAAACUUGAUUAUGGGCAACAUAUUGUGUCAGGAACCCCUGGACGUGUCUUUGACAUGAUAAGACGCAGAAAUUUGAGGACAAGGGCGAUCAAAAUGUUGAUUCUUGAUGAAGCAGAUGAAAUGCUCAAUAAAGGUUUCAAGGAGCAGAUCUAUGAUGUUUAUCGCUACCUUCCCCCAGCAACACAGGUCAUGUUAAUCUCAGCCACAUUACCACAUGAAAUAUUGGAAAUGACAAACAAGUUUAUGACAGAUCCCAUACGAAUCUUGGUCAAACGUGACGAAUUGACAUUGGAGGGAAUCAAGCAGUUCUUUGUGGCAGUUGAGCGUGAAGAGUGGAAGUUUGACACUCUGUGUGACCUCUAUGAUACCUUAACCAUCACACAAGCUGUAAUAUUCUGCAACACCAAAAGAAAAGUUGAUUGGCUUACAGAAAAGAUGAGGGAGGCGAACUUUACAGUAUCAUCCAUGCAUGGGGACAUGCCACAAAAAGAGCGUGAUGCCAUCAUGAAAGUGUUUAGAGCUGGUGACAGUCGUGUACUCAUUACCACUGAUGUUUGGGCUCGGGGUAUUGAUGUGCAGCAAGUAUCAUUGGUCAUCAACUAUGACUUGCCUAACAACCGUGAGUUGUACAUCCACAGAAUCGGUCGUUCAGGUCGUUUUGGCAGAAAGGGUGUUGCCAUAAACUUUGUGAAGAAUGAUGACAUCAGAAUUCUUCGUGAUAUUGAGCAGUACUACUCAACACAAAUAGAUGAAAUGCCAAUGAAUGUUGCUGAUCUGAUCUGAAAACUCAAAUUCAACCUGUUGGAUUUAAGACGUUGCACUGGAAUGGGCUUCUGUGCUGUUUGGAACAUCAUUUCCUGUUUGUAUAAUGCAGCUGGUGAAUGCAUGACUUAGCUAAAUAUGCUGAUAGCCCAUGACUUUAAAAUGAUUGUGACAUGGACUACUCUUCACCUGGGGUUCCUUCAAGUUUGGCUGUUUACCGUGGUUGGAAAUUCCUAUGGAUUUCUCACAAAAAUCCAAAAUUGGUACUGUUGAAUUAACAGGGCUUCAAUAUUUUACCAUGUUGAAAAAUUCCUUGUUCUUACUAUUGAUGGUGUAAAGCCCUUAUGUCCUAAUAUGUGUAGCUGUAGUUUAAAACAGUCGUCAAAGAUGAUGGUGCAUAGGUUUAAUGUUUGUCUAGAAUUAUUUGCUACCUGAAGUGAUUGUCAUUAUAAUAAUCUGUUAUGUCUCCUUUUAAAAACUAGCAGCCUUAACAUGUAAGCUUUCUUUAGGUGGGACCCCUACUCCAAUGAGAAAAAUGUUUGGUUUAAAUUUUAACAGUUUUAUACCAAAGGGUGUUAAAAUACCAUAUUUGUAGCACAUGGGAAAGUUUUUGAGUACCUACAAUGAAAAUUUUGAUUUUAAUCGUUUUUCAUUAAAAACAUACACGCAUUUCAAAAACGCAUACACACAUACAAUACAAACUUUGGGUUUUUUUUUAAUAAACUAGAGACAGUGAUCUAAAGGAUAUCAUAAGAACUUUCUGUUAUCUCAAGAGAUCUAGGAGAUAUAACCAGUCAAACAUGGUACCCACCUGUAGACUCGGCAAUUGGAUUUUUUCUUCAGAUUUCAGCCAAAUUAAUGUUCCUACCAGAAUAUCCUUUGGUUAUCUUUAGUUUAUACAUUUCUAAAUAAAACUGAAAAGUUUUAAUGUAGCACAAACCUAUCUUAGUACAGCAUUUUGUAUUUAAACAAAUAGUUCAUGCUUGAUCAGUAGGUGAGAUACUUAUUCAAAGGGUGGAAGUGAGCACUGACAUUGACCAUAGGCAGCAAACUUGUGAAGGAUAUGACUGUGCAAUUUGUGUGAAUGUGAUGACAGAAAUACUUAAAAUAUUCAGUUCAUUAUGCACUGUCUUUGAGAAUGUUACGGUUAAACUAGGAUUAUUACAUAGGGAUGACUGCCAAAUGUAUUUUUGAAAAAAAUUCAAAUUAAAGUCAUUGCUUUUGA